AUGGAGCAAUACGGCGACGAGUCUCCCUUGGAUGCCGAUCCCCUGCUUGACGACGACCUCGACGACUUUGACCCUUUCCCUGAUGGUGAAGGCGAGGGCCAGCACUCGCUAGGCUCAAGGUCCUCACGGCGCCGCGUACAGUGGAAGAAGAGCUGGGUUCCCUGGCAACGCCUCGAGGAUGCCAUUUGUCAUGUGCACUACCAAAAGGACCUCGCCGAGCCGAUUGAGGAGAAGGAGUGCAAGGUCGACGAGAUCCAAUCGCAGCUGGCGUACCUGCUCGGCACUGGCGCCCCGGCGUUUUUCCUCGCCUACCUCGGGAUACUGCUCGGCUUCGGAUGGGCGCCGUUCGUCCUCUCGGUGUCGAAGCAGCCGAACCUGUGGACGCUGCUCCUGGGCCAGUUCUUCUUCCUCAUCGGCGGCGGCGUGUCGGCGGCCGUCAACAGCAUCUACGCCAUGGCCUCGGACGUGAGCACCGAGGAGAACCGCUCGACGCACUUCCUGUACCUGUCGAUCGGCGGCGUCGUGGCCGGCCUCGGCGUGCCGCUGGCGUCGGGGUUCCUGCUGCAGACGUACGGCCCGUGGGUGCCGGUCAAGCUGGUCUUCUACCUGAGCCCCGCCGUCGUCACGGCGGCGAGCCUGCUGCCGGAGACGCUGCCCGUCAAGCUGCCGGACGGGCCCGGCGGCGGCGUCGUCCCGUUGCUGAGGCGACGACCGCUCGCGGCGGCGCUCCGACAGCAAAUGGCCUCGCACGCGGCCGAGGUCGCCGGCGUCAGGGCGCUGCUGCGCAACCGCAGCCUCGUGUGCUGCCUCGCGGCGCCGCUCAUCGCCAACGCGAGCUCGACGUCGCACUCGACAACGUUUACGCAGUACAUCAGCAAGCACUUUGGCUGGUCGCUGGCGCAGACGACGUACGUGCACUCGCCGCUGGCGCUCUGCCACCUGGCGGUGCUCGUGGGGCUGCCGCGGGUGGCGGCGCAUCUCUCGGCGCCGCGGGGGCGGGGCGGGCGGCUCGGGCUGACUCGGUUCACCAAGGACCUCAUGCUGACGCGGGCGUCGUACGGGGUGCUCGCGGGGUCGUCGGUGCUGCAGGGGCUGAGCCCGUCGGUGGUGCCGUUCCUGGCGACGUACGCGCUCGGCAUGCUGGGGUCGGCGACGGCGCCGCUGACGCGGGCGCUCACGACGGCGUUCGCCGAGAGGAAGGAGCACACGUCGCGGCUGUAUGCGCUGUGCAGCAUCGUCGACACGCUGGGGUCGUUCAUCGGCGGGCCGGUGCUCGCGUGGACCUUCUCGGCCGGCAUGCGCUGGGGCGGCGUGCUGCGCGGGUUGCCGUGGCUGUAUCUCGCCGUGCUGUACGCGGGCGCCGGCGCGGCGUUCAUGAUGGUGCGGGAGCCGCGGCACGUGAAGCUGCCGCUGCAGACGGAGGGGGAGGGAGACAUGGGGUAUGAAUCUGCCGCCGAGGAGGAGGAGGAGGAGGAGGGGCUCGGCGCGCGGUAG